AUGGAUGAUGAUAUUUUCUUAGGUUUGGAAACUGUUUAGUAAUUUGAUGAGAAAAUGAAACAGUUUUCUUAAUAGCAUCAAUUUAGAAGACAAUUAUAAAGAUAUCCAGUAUAAAAAAUACUAAAGAGAUCAAACAGUUUUGCAUAGAGUUAAAUUAGUACAGCAAUAAAUUCAUCUGCUCAUGCAAGCAGAAAAUAAACAAUAUCAUAAUUAGAAAUAAAUGCACCAAAACGAAGGCAUUGUGAGUUUUACAAUGAUGAAUUUUGCAUGAAUCUAUUUGCUGAAAAAAUAGAAUACUUAUGCAGUUAAUGUUUCGAUAAAAAUGAAAUCGUAAUUAAAGAGUUAAAUAGAGUAGCAUAAGAAUUAGGGUAUUAAUAUAAUAAUUAAGAAUAUCAUUAAAUCGAGUUUAACAAUUUGAAACAGUAUAAGAAAGAGAAUACUAUAUACUAAAUUAGUUAUAAAAUCAAGUACUUGAUUCACUUAGGUAAUGGAAGUAAAGGAUUGAUUAAAGAGACAUAUAAAGGAGAAAGAGUGAUAAUAUAACAAUUAUUACUCAUAGUUAAGAUAAAAUGUUGGAUAUAUUUGAUUGGAUUGAGAUAGAUACGAAAUUUAGAUAAUUGA